CGAACUACGAGAAGGGUAUACGACGCCGCGUCUCUACCUUUUACUCUACAGGAGCCAAUCCUACCGCUCUCCGCUCUCCUAGUACUCUCAUUGUACGGCACCAAUCGUUUCGGCAUCGCGAGUAGUUCACUGUCGAAUCAUGUCGGAAGAACCACCGGUGGGGGUCAAUCCGAAUGCGGAAGAUGAAACUCCCGCUCCAGAAGGGGAGAAGAAGCUAUCGAAGAAUCAACUGAAAAAGCUCGCCAAGGGAAAGGACAAGAAAAAGAAAGACAAGCCUCAAUGGAACGCGCCGAGUAAGGAAAAAGUCAAAGCUCCGGUCGCUACGACUUCCUUCGUCAACACGACCCCAAAAGGGGAAAAGAAAGAUCUUUCGGCUCCCAUGGACGCCGCAUAUCAUCCGUCAGCAGUCGAAGCCGCUUGGCAAGACUGGUGGGAAAAGUGUGGUUACUACAGCUGCGAUCCGAAAGAUGCGGUCGAUCGCCCCGUAGAUGAAAAGUUCGUCAUGGUGAUUCCACCACCGAAUGUGACUGGAUCGCUGCAUCUCGGACACGCCCUGACGGCGGCCGUCGAAGAUACCCUGACGAGGUGGCACCGGAUGAAAGGACACGCCACUCUGUAUGUUCCCGGUACGGAUCAUGCAGGAAUUGCCACGCAAUCGGUGGUCGAAAAAAUGCUCAUGAAGAGCGAAGGAAAAAGCCGGCACGAUUUGGGGAGGGAAGAAUUUGUGAAAAAGGUGUGGGAAUGGAAGAAGGACUAUGGAAGUAAGAUCACCAAUCAAUUGCGAUCAUUGGGCAGCAGUGUCGAUUGGUCGCGUGAACGGUUUACGAUGGAUGAAAUGUUGAGUAAAGCUGUCGUCGAAGCCUUUAAUCGAUUUCACGAAAAGGGACUCUUGUACCGUGCGGAUCGUCUAGGAAACUGGUCGUGUGCAUUAAAGUCCGCCAUUUCCGAUAUCGAAGUCGACUUUAUUGAACUCGAAGGCCGUACCUUUUUGGACGUCAAAACACAUAAGGGCAAUCCCAACGACCCCAAUGGUCGGUACGAAUUUGGGACCUUGACUUCGUUCGCCUAUCCGAUUGAAGACUCAGAGGAACAGAUUGUUGUUGCCACUACCCGACUGGAAACCAUGUUGGGAGACACUGCUGUUGCCGUUCACCCGGACGAUCCUCGAUACACCCACUUGCACGGGAAGCAUCUAAUCCAUCCCUUCAACGGACGCCGAAUUCCUAUUGUUUGCGAUAAAGAACUGGUCGACAUGUCCUUUGGUACCGGAGCAGUCAAAAUUACUCCCGCCCAUGAUCCAAACGACUACGAGUGCGGUAAACGUCACGAGCUGGAGUUCAUCACAAUGUUGACUGCGGAUGGUUCAAUCAACGAAAAUGGUGCCCCUUUCACCGGCAUGAUGCGGUACGACGCUCGCAUUGCGGUAGAAGAUGCGCUUAAAGAAAAGGGAUUAUUCAAAGGCAAAGAACCCAACAAGAUGCGAUUGGGUCUAUGUUCGCGCUCGGGUGAUAUUUUGGAACCCAUGAUUACUCCGCAGUGGUAUGUUAACUGCGACGGUAUGGCUAAGCGGGCUACCGAUGCGGUACGCAAUAAAGAGUUAACAAUUCUUCCAGAGGAGCAAGAGAAGACGUGGUUUCAUUGGUUGGAUAACAUCAAGGACUGGUGCGUCAGUCGACAACUCUGGUGGGGUCACCAGAUACCGGCAUGGUUCGCCACCAAGAAGGGAGAAAGUUUAGAAAAGAAUGAUAUGGCCAACAACGACCGGUGGGUUGUUGCUCGGUCCGCUGAGGAAGCUCUCGAGAAGGCCGCUAAAUUACUUGGCUGUCCCGCUGGCGACAUCUCAAUUGAGCGGGAUGAAGACGUUCUUGAUACGUGGUUUUCCUCUGGACUGUUUCCUUUUUCUGUCAUGGGAUGGCCCGAUGACACUUCUGAUUUGAAGGCGUUUUAUCCUACGUCUCUACUCGAGACUGGUCUCGAUAUUCUCUUCUUUUGGGUGGCUCGUAUGGUUAUGAUGGGUUUGGAACUAACCGACACACUACCAUUCCACACCGUCUUCCUUCAUGCCAUGGUGCGGGACAAGGAAGGAAAGAAAAUGUCAAAAUCUCUUGGAAAUGUGAUCGAUCCUCUGGAGGUCAUCAACGGGUGCUCAUUGGCCUCUCUGCAAGAGCGUCUGGAAGGAGGCAACCUUCCGGCGAAGGAAGUGGAACGAUCGAAGAAGAAUAACGAGCUCGAGUUUCCUGACGGUAUUCCAGAAUGCGGAUCGGAUGCACUUCGGUUCGGCCUUAUGGCCUAUAUGGUCCAGGGACGUGAUAUCAAUCUUGACGUCAAACGUGUUGUUGGGUUCCGGCUGUUUUGCAACAAACUUUGGAACGCCACACGUUUUGCACUUCAAUUUGUUGCGGACUUUACGCCUACUCCGACUCUGUUGGACGACCUAAUGGCUAGCGGCAAAAUGGCGACGCGAGACAAAUUUAUGAUAUCUCGAUUGAUGAAAGCGGUGGAAGCCGUCAACGAUUUCUUCUCGAGCUACCGGUUUGGCGAUGCACAACAAGCGGCCUAUGCUUUGUGGAUUGAAGAUCUUUGCAACACAUACCUGGAACUGAUCAAACCCGUCGUAUACGACAUGAGUGUCAACAACAUAGACAAUCGGUGGGCAGCACAAGCAACGCUUUGGAUCGCAAUGGAAACAGGCCUUCGGUUACUGCAUCCAAUGAUGCCAUUUGUUUCUGAGGAGCUUUGGCAGCGACUUCCUGGACGUGGGACGCUAGGCAAAACGGAACCUGAAACUAUCAUGCUCGCCCCGUACCCCGAAACUCACAACUCUUACAAAAAUGAGGCCGUGGAGCAAUCUAUGAUGAACACAAUGGCUGUGGUUAAUGCCUGCAGAUCACUUCGUCAGUCGUACAACAUUGCCAACAAGGUACAGACACAUUUCUUUGUGAACGUAUCUGGACUCGCGCUACAUGCCGUUCUCGACCAACUGGAUGACAUCAAGACACUUGGAAAAGCUUCUGCCAUUGAUAUUAAUCUUUCCCCAGCAGACACACCAGAAACUGUCGGAACUGCCAUUGUCAAUGAUCAGCUGACUGUUCUGAUUGACUUACAGGGACUGGUUGACUACAAAGUUGAGAUUGGGCGUCUGCAAAAGAAUCUAAGGUCUACUCUACCAACAAUUUCGACUCUCGAAAUGAAAAUGGCUACUGAUGGUUAUACAGAAAACGUUCCAAACGAUCUUCAAAAAGCGAAUCUAGAGAAACUUGAUUCGCUUUUGAAAAAGAAGUGUGAUCUCGAAGAGGCUAUUGCAAACUUUGAACGUCUGGCCUUAUUGGAUAAGAAUUAA